AUGAAGAAUUGUAAGGUUGCACUAUUGUUAACUCUAUCCCUUUCCAUUCUCAUCACUUCUACUUCCCAAGCAAAACAAACUCAGCCCAUCUCAGAUGUCCUCCGCAACACCUAUGAAAUCCAGCUCGAGUUGUUUACUCCACUUGUGGUAGCAGGAGUCUUGUGUUUCAUUGCUGCCUCUAUAUCCAGUGCUGGUGGGAUCGGCGGUGGUGGGUUGUUCAUACCUAUAUUGACCCUAGUUGCAGGUCUAGACCUCAGAACAGCCUCUAGUCUCUCAGCUUUCAUGGUCUCCGGAGGCUCAAUUGCGAAUGUCAUGUUCAACUUGUGCAUCAAAGGUAGCACCAAAUUUGGUGGUAAAUCUCUGAUUGACUAUGACAUAGCACUUCUAUCAGAGCCAUGCAUGUUACUAGGGGUAAGCCUAGGAGUGAUUUGCAACAUUGUGUUCCCAGAGUGGUUGAUCACUAUACUUUUUGCACUUUUUCUUGCUUGGACUACCUCAAUGAGCUGUAGAAAUGGGCUGGUCUGCUGGAAAAUGGAGUCACAAGAGAUGAAAAUAAGGAAUGAUUGUAAGAGAUUGGAAAAUGGGGCGACGAAUGAUAGGGCAGGUGAUGGAGCAGAAGGGAACAGAGGUGUUACAGAGCCACUAUUAGGAAUAGGAACACAAGAUAACUGCAUGCAGAGAUUUCCAUGGAUGAAAAUGGGGGUCUUGGUUCUGAUAUGGUGCUCUUUCUGCCUAGUCUACCUUCUUCGUGGCAAUCGGUAUGGACAGGGCAUUAUAGCAAUAGAGCCUUGUGGAGUGGGAUAUUGGGUUCUCUCAUCUUCCCAGAUUCCUCUUGCCAUAGUUUAUACAUCGUGGAUCCUAUGCAGAAAAGAAAACCUUCAAAAUCAUACUUCAAACCAAAAGGAUAAUGAGGAGCUGACUAAAGUUGAACCACCAAACAAGCUACUUUUCCCAGUAAUGGCACUAUUAGCAGGAAUUUUAGGGGGCGUCUUUGGGAUUGGAGGAGGAAUGCUCAUAAGCCCUCUUCUUCUUCAGGUUGGGAUAGCACCUGAGGUAACGGCUGCAACUUGUUGUUUCAUGGUGUUCUUCUCUUCUUCCAUGUCCUCAUUUCAGUACUUGUUGUUGGGCAUGGAGAACGCAGACACUGCGCUCAUCUUCGCCGUCACUUGUUUUGUUGCAUCACUUCUUGGACUGGUAGUGCUGCAGAGAGCAAUCAAAGUUUAUGGAAGGGCUUCUCUCAUUGUAUUCUCGGUUAGCUUAGUAAUGGCUUUGAGUACAGUUUUGAUGACUAGCUUUGGGGUCCUUCACGUAUGGAGUGACUAUAAAUCAGGCAAAUACAUGGGCUUCAAACUGCCAUGUUAA